GAAUCUUCUCAGAAUCGUUCUUUCUCUUCCGAACCGCCCGUGGUGAAGGUGCGUUAUACACGCUUGUGCUCUGUGAAGUAAAGAAUCAGGUUCAGGGAAACUAGUUGGGAAGCCGAAUAGCAAUACCCGAGUUGUGCUUUAUCUUUUCCCCCAAAACAAGUGCAAAAGUCGUGUGAACAUUCCCGAGACAGUGUCGUAGGCAAUUUUCCAUAGCACGCGAUAGUCGAUAAAACAAACCAAACCGAAAAUGGCAGACACUCAGGAAACGGAAGUUGUGAAUGGAACGGGACAAGAAAAUCAAGAAAACAGUAACAAUCAGCCUCAACUCGCAGAACAAGCGACUGGCAAUGGUAAUGCCGAAGCGACAAACGCUAAUGGUAACACAGAAAACCACACCGUGCGCGAUGAUGACAGAAAAUUAUUCGUUGGUGGACUAAGUUGGGAAACAUCAGACAAGGAGCUAAAGGAACACUUCAGUCAGUACGGUGAUAUCGAGAGCAUCAAUGUGAAGACAGAUCCGAACACUGGCCGCUCGCGUGGUUUCGCAUUCAUCGUGUACAAAUCUGCCGACUCGAUCGAUAAGGUCGUAUCGGCCGGUGAUCAUGUGAUCAACAACAAGAAGGUGGACCCGAAGAAGGCUAAGGCACGGUACGGCAAAAUCUUCGUCGGUGGUUUGACCUCGGAAAUCAGCGAUGAGGAGAUCAAAACAUUCUUCGGACAGUUUGGAAAUAUCGUGGAGAUCGAGAUGCCGUUCGAUAAGCAGAAGAAUCAGCGGAAAGGAUUCUGCUUCAUUACGUUCGAUUCCGAGCAGGUGGUGAACGAGCUGCUGAAAACACCGAAGCAAACCAUCUCCGGCAAGGAGGUGGACGUGAAGAAGGCGACCCCCAAGCCGGACAACAUGGGCCCGAUGGGUCCGAUGGGUGGUCGGGGUGGUAUGCGUGGUCCGCCACCGCGCGGUAUGCGCGGCGGUCGUGGUGGUCCCGGUGGACCAAAAGGCGGAUAUGGACAAGGAUGGGGCGGCCAAGGAUACGGCGGCUACGGCUACGGACAAGGAUACGGCGGUGGUUAUGGUGAUUAUGGUUACGAUUACUUAACCAGAUGGUAUGGAGGCUACAAUAACGGUGGUUACGAUUUGUCCGGCGGCUAUUACGAUGACUAUGGUUAUGGAGGAUACGAUGGUGGUUACAUAAAUGGAGGUCGUCCGGGAGGUCCUAGAGGAGGGGGCAAAGGUGGCGCCGGUACCUAUGGUGGUGGAAAGCAGCGAGGCAAUGGUGGUGGCGGUCGCCAACAACGUCAUACACCCUACUAGGCACCCUCUACUGCAUACCUACAAUGAAAGAGAGAGAGAGAGAGAGAGAUUGCAGAUCGUGCAUCGUGUUAAAAAAAACGUACAAAGCAAGAAAGAGAGGAGCAAACUCGUAACACACAUGCAACCUACUACACACUGUAAUUAUUAACGCGUAUUUCGUCCAAUUCUCCCUUACACACUCCCCAUUUAAAUCCAUUACGUUUAGUUAUACGACACGACUCUUAUAUGUUUGUCUGCUGCAGUGAGAUAUAUAGACCAGCGCGCAUUGAUGCAUUAAAGGAUGAGGAAGAAAAAAAAAACAUAUUUAUAAGGUUCGCGCGAGAA